CGGUUUUAUCGUGCUCUCAAUAAAAGGAAUGAAUUUGCUCGUCGCCGAUUUCUGGAGCAGUUCUCGGCUCCGCUUCGACGAGGUUUACGCUGAUUGCCGCGUCGCCUAAUCUGCUUCCUCGGGUUACAGUUUCCGUGGAUAAUGGCGUCUCUUGAAGACUCCGAUGAUGAGGAGGUUGCGCCGCAGUCCGUUGCAAAUUACUUUUUUGUAGAUGACGAUGAGUCACCUAUUUCGUUCUCAGUUUUACCUCUCCAUUUCGAUGACGGGCUGAAGCAGGAAGUUGCGGACAAUGCUGUUUUCUUGCAUGGAACAACUGACGGUGGCCUUCAGAAAGUCUACAAACAAGUUAUUGGCUGGAAGCUGGUAUUUGAAGAUGUGGAACCCAAGAUUAUGGUCCUUUCUAAAGACAAAAAGUGGAUAAGUCUUGUGAAACCUAGAAACAGUUACUAUGAGGACACCAUUAGGACAAUAAUGAUCACUGUGCAUUUGUUUCAUUUUCUGAGGAAAAACCCACAAGCUACAGAAAGGAGCCUUUGGGAACAUUUACGCACUGUUUUCAGCACAUUUGAGGUUAGGCCUUCUCACAAUGAUGUCAGGGAACAUGUUUUUCUAAUGAAACUAUUUAAUGAGAGGGAUGAAACUUUAGCAAAUUCACAGUUGUUUCAAGGGUUCUUCAUGGACAAGCCGAGGAAAAGGUUUAGUGAGGAUGAUCAAGAUGCUUCUGAUGUGAAGCAAUCGUUUAUUGUUGAUGAUGAUGAGGAUGAAGGCCCAAGAGAGGUGGAUGAAGGUCCAAGCGAUGAUGCUGUGAAUGAAGAACAAGAUGAUAACUCUGAUUUAUAUGAUUCAGUCUGCGCAAUUUGUGACAAUGGUGGUAACAUUUUGUGCUGUGAUGGACCUUGUUUGCGUUCCUUUCAUGCCUACAAGUCAGCUGGAAAAGAUUCAUUGUGUAGAUCUCUUGGUUUCGCAACGGCAGCAGAUGUUGAGUUGAUUCAGAACUUCUUAUGCAACAACUGCUUAUAUAAGCAGCAUCAAUGCUUUUGCUGUGGCAAACUAGGCUCAUCUGACAAGACAAAUGGCGCCGAGGUAUAUCCUUGUGUUUCUGCAACAUGCGGUCACUUUUACCACCCAAAGUGCGUUGCAGAAUGGGUUUUUCCUCAUAGUGAAAGUGAAGCCUCUGAGUUUCAAACAAAAAUAAUUGCUGGGGAGUCCUUUGCAUGCCCUGUUCACAAGUGUGUUGUUUGCAAACAAGGAGAAAACAAGGAGGUUAAAGAUUUGCAAUUUGCAAUGUGCAGAAGAUGUCCAAAAUCUUAUCACAGAAAGUGCUUGCCAAGGAAGAUAGCAUUCGAAAACAAUGAGGAUAUCGAACAAAGGGCUUGGGAUGGUCUUCUUCCUAAUCGAACCUUGAUAUAUUGCCUAAAACACCACAUCAAUGAAGAACUGGGAACUCCAAUUAGAAAUCAUAUUAUAUUUCCUCAAAAUCCAGAGACUAAAAAACGUUUAGAUUUGCAAAAAAGAAAAGUUAAAGCAUCGGCAGAAAAGAAAAGUAUAAUUUCUAGUGAGUUGAGAAAAAACCAGGUAACUUUAAAGUCAGUCAAAGUGGCUAGUUCAGAGGGAAAUCGCUCCAACGAAAAAGUUGCGAGGAUAGUUGUUUCUCAGAAGAAAGAGCAGAUGUCAAUUGCCAGUUCACGGCAUGAACGGGGCAAAUAUGAGAAAACUAUUGUCGGCAGUAAGAUUCCUGUAGAAGAGUCAAAGCGCAUAGCACCGGCCUCUUCUUCCAUAGUUGCAAAAAGACCAAGUUCAUUCCCUAGUAUAGAUAAUGAAGCAAAAGCACGGGCUUCAGAGAUAUUCAAACAGGUUUCAUCUUCUUUAAGCCUGGAAGAUAUAAUUAGAAAAUAUCCAAGGCCAUCUACUCAUUCAUAUGGCAGUGGUACAAGACACAAUAUUGAUAAGAGCAUUACGCUAGGCAAGGUUGAGGGUUCUGUUGAGGCUAUUCGUACAGCAUUACAAAAGUUGGAGAAAGGAGGUUCUGUGGAGGAUGCUAAAGCUGUAUGUGAACCUGAGAUACUAAGGCAGAUGAUCAAAUGGAGGGAAAGGCUUAGAGUUUAUCUUGCACCUUUUCUCCAUGGAAUGCGAUAUACAUCUUUUGGUCGUCAUUUCACUAAUGUAGACAAGCUUAAACAGAUUGUAGAUAAAAUGCAGUGGUAUGUUCAGGAUGGUGAUACGGUGGUUGAUUUCUGCUGUGGUGCUAAUGAUUUCAGCAUUUUAAUGAAAGAAAAGCUUGAUUCUGCUGGAAAGAAAUGCAAUUUCAAGAACUAUGAUAUCAUACAACCGAAGAAUGAUUUCAAUUUUGAAAGAAGAGACUGGAUGACUGUGAAACCACAUGAAUUGCCGACUGGAUCAAAAUUGAUCAUGGGUCUCAACCCCCCUUUUGGUGUUAAAGCAGCGCUUGCCAAUAAGUUCAUAGAUCAUGCACUAAAGUUCAAGCCGAAGCUGGUUAUUCUUAUAGUUCCGAAGGAGACUGAAAGACUUGAUAAGAAACAAAGUAAAUAUGAUUUAAUAUGGGAAGAUAGUCAGAGUCUCUCAGGCAAGUCAUUCUACUUGCCCGGCUCUGUUGAUGUGAAUGAUAAUCAAUUGGAACAAUGGAAUUUGAGUCCACCUCCAUUGUAUCUGUGGAGCCGUGAUGAUUGGACAGUGAAGCACAAAAGAAUAGCUGCACGCCAGGGACACAUAGUUGAAGACCAGGGGCCUCCAUUCGGAAAAGAAAUUUUAUCAGAGAAGCCAGUAUAUAGUCUUCCAGCAGAGGGCCAUAUGGAAGCUGAAAUUUUGGUGAGGGAUGCCACGUUAGAAGAGAAAAAAGCUAGAGAUGAAAAUCAUAAAAGCUCUGAUAGUACCAAGAGAAAGAUCUCUCCCGGGCAUGCUAGCACUGUUUCUCGUAAAAGGAGACGAAAGAAAAAGGGUCAGGCGCAGGAAGAGAGGAAGAACGAUGUUGAGUUAUCAGACAUGAGCAUCUCACCCGAUCAGAAUAGAAAUACGCCAAGUCAUCUUCCGUUAGAACCAUCAUCUGUAGCUCCACCGGAAAGAGACUCACAUUUUACUUCUGGAGUAGAGUUUUCUGUUAAAGCAGGAGGUAAUGACAUUUCCAAAAAUCUUGUGAAUGACAACAUUGAUGAUAUUGCUAGGAAGUACACAUCCCCAGCAGCCGGAGAAAAUAUGUUCAAUCGCAAUCAACAUAGCUGGCAAAGUGGUGGGGUUGGUCACUAUGAUUAUGGAGCUCAAACCGCAGAAAUACGGCCAACACAUCAUGAUAAUAGAGACCCCCUGAGUAUGAAUACUUAUUUCAAUGAGAUUCACAGGUAUGGUACGUCAUCAGAGUCCGAUAUACGGGCACAGAUAAGGUUAUAUGGUUCCCAAGAUCAGAAUGAAUGGUUGCAGAGAGAUAGAAACUCCAUGGUUGUUUCAGAUGCAGGUUUCAGACAUUCUCAUCUAUACACUCCCCCUUCCUAUGGCCCUGCAUUGUCAGUAAUGGAUCGGUAUGCUCCACAUCUUGAUAUGACAAACUAUGCAAGGCCCAUUAGUCAGGUCCCGUUCGGCCAGUUUCCUGGAAGAAGUGAUCCAUAUGACUACAACAUCCAUGGAGCAAGGAGGGACCAAGCUAACUUCCCUGGAUUUCCACCUGGACCACAUUCAUCUUCCUCCGGUCGAGGCAAUUCUGGUGGCUGGAUAGACUAAUCACAGAAGUUUUAACAGAUGCUGUUCGUUGUACAGUGGCCGACAAAAAAGAGGCAGUUAUCCAUUUUUGUCUGCAAGAUCCACUGCACUUUCUUGCUCGUUUAAUAUGUCAGAUGAGCUGUAGUUGUGCUUGAUCUUUUCCUACUUGGUCAAAAAUACCUUAUGUUUAUCCGUUAACACUUUUUAUAACGUGUGGAAUUCAUAUUAACAUUCA